GCUUUCUUCCGAAGGAUCCGUUCAAACAUCUCUCCUCUUCCGCAUCUUUCCGAAAGACGUGCUGCGCUUUCCCUUCCGUCUUCCCGUUUGCAAGUCACGCGUGAGUUCUGUGGGUGGGAAAAAAAAGGUUUUUAACCCGAGCAGACGAGAACAUAAAAAGACCCUCCCACCAUUUAUCUCAUUACUUCCUAGUUACAUAACCAUCGCAAUCUAUCACAAUGUCAAAAGACCAAAAGCCAAAGAAGAAUCUCGCGAUCCACUUGUUGGCGGGUGGUGUUGCCGGAUGCUGUGAAGCGUUGACCUGCCAUCCUCUGGACACCAUCAAGGUCCGAUUGCAGCUGCGCGGUGAACGGUCUGCGAAGAGACCCGUUACCACUGUUGCUGGGCAAGCCAUGAAUGCUGCCGCCGCAGAGUUGGCCAAGCCAAAGCGCCAAAACUUCAUCACAGUUGGUGUAGAUAUUGCGAGAAAGGAGGGUGUUUUGGCACUGUAUAAGGGUCUUGGAGCUGUUGUCACGGGCAUUGUACCAAAAAUGGCUAUCCGAUUCUCUUCCUUCGAGUUCUUCAAGUCAAAGCUUGCCGACAAACAGACUGGACAGGUCAAUGCUGCGGGUAACUUUGUUGCCGGUCUCGCUGCUGGUACAACAGAGGCCGUGUUGGUUGUGACUCCCAUGGACGUCAUCAAGAUUCGUCUUCAGGCACAGCGUCACUCAAUGACCGACCCACUAGACAUUCCAAAGUACCGCAAUGCCGCACACUGUGCAUACGUCAUGGUCAAGGAGGAAGGUGUCGCGUCCUUGUACAAGGGUGUCGGCCUUACCGCUCUUCGACAAGCGACGAACCAAGCUGCAAACUUCACGGUGUACCAGUUCUUGAGGAAGCACCUUCACGACCUGCAACCGCAGCACGGUGACACCCUACCCGCAUACCAGCACCUGGUCAUGGGUUUCAUCUCUGGUGCAUGCGGUCCUCUCUUCAACGCUCCCAUCGACACUAUCAAGACCCGUAUUCAAAAGGCACCAUCCGAAGACAAGGGAUGGGUGCGAUUUGUCAAGGUCACCAAGGGCAUCGCUCAGAAUGAGGGUUACGCUGCUUUCUACAAGGGAUUGACACCCCGUGUGCUCCGUGUGGCACCAGGUCAAGCCAUCACUUUCAUGGUGUACGAGCGGGUGUACAAGUGGAUGGUAACUCUGAGCGAAUCAAUGCGUGUGGAGGAUUACAACAACAGCCAAUCCAACGCGGAGGCAUAAAUGUAGAAAUAUUACUCAAGCGGACGCACAUGUUAAUGCGGAGUGGAUACGUGGGGUGUAUGGUAGACAAGCGGGGCUUUCAAUUUAUUUUUGAUAAUAGACUCAAGUUCCAAUUUGGGCGGAUCUGGAA